AAAAGCCAGUCGCCACACACAGGCACAUGCAGACCCGGCGCCACGCCCUGAGGAGAGCAGCUUUGGGGCCCAUCACCAUGGCAACAGCGGAGCUCCUUCCACUUCUCCACCCAGCUGACUCCCCCCACCCCUCCCAGCGCAGCCAACCGGCUUGUGCGCGUCCCGGGAGCGCGCUAUAAAACCUUGCACGGGUGGCGCUCGCUGCUCAGCUUGACCUGAGUGAAGGGGCAGUCCCCAUUUCCAGCCCGUGACAGCCUUAGCAAUGCGGAGCAUGCAGACCAUGAGCACCUUCCUGCGAAAGCCAUGCUUCUGCCUAGGCUUCCUGCUCUUCCAUCUCAUAAAUCAAGCGUCUGCAAGUCAGCGCUGCCCAUCUUCGUGCCCGCUCCAGUGCCCUUCUACACCGCCGACCUGCGCCCCCGGGGUGCGCUCGGUGCUGGACGGCUGCUCCUGCUGUCUGGUGUGCGCCCGCCAGCGCGGAGAGAGCUGCUCGGAGCUGAAACCCUGCGACCAGAGCAGUGGCCUCUACUGUGACCGGAGCGCAGACCCCAGCAACCAGACUGGCAUAUGCAUGGUUCUAGAGGGAGACAACUGUGUGUUCGAUGGGGUCAUCUACCGCAGCGGAGAGAAGUUUGAACCGAACUGUCAAUACCACUGCACCUGCAGAGAUGGGCAGAUUGGCUGCGUGCCCCGCUGCCAGCUGGAUGUGCUGCUGCCUGGUCCGGACUGCCCAGCUCCAAGAAAAGUUGCAGUGCCUGGAGAGUGCUGUGAAAAGUGGACCUGUGGCCCAAAUGAGCAGGGGACACUGGGAGGCCUGGCCCUUCCAGCCUACAGACCAGAAGCCACUGUAGGAGUCGAAGUCUCUGACUCCAGUGUCAACUGCAUCGAGCAGACCACAGAGUGGAGCGCAUGUUCCAAGAGCUGUGGGAUGGGCUUGUCCACCCGGGUCACCAACAGGAAUCGCCAGUGUGAGAUGGUAAAGCAGACUCGUCUUUGUAUGGUUCGGCCUUGUGAACAAGAGCCCAAGCAACCGACAGACAAGAAAGGUAAAAAGUGUCUCCGCACCAAGAAGUCCCUAAAAGCCAUCCACCUGCAGUUCAAGAAUUGCACUAGCCUGCAUACCUAUAAGCCCAGGUUCUGUGGGGUCUGCAGCGAUGGUCGGUGCUGCACCCCCCACAACACCAAAACCAUCCAGGUGGAGUUUCAGUGCUCCCCCGGGCAAACCAUCAAGAAACCAGUCAUGGUCAUCGGGACCUGCACCUGUCACUCCAACUGCCCUCAGAACAACGAGGCCUUCCUCCAGGAGCUGGAGCUGAAGACCAGCAGAGGAGAAAUGUAACAGGUGUCCAAGGAAGCAUGAAGAUGGAGGCAAACUGUUGCUGCUGCAUGACCCAGCAUCACCUGAAUAUAAGAAACAUAAUGAAGCAGUGUCCCAUGUAUGUUUCUGUGAUCACAUGAGAUCAUUUAUAUUUGUCUUUUUUAAUGGAAGGUGUUCCAAAUGUAAACUUGGAAUUGAGGUAAGCGCAGGAUAUGGUUUAAGGAUGUCUUGCUUUCCUGUGCUGUUUAUUGCAAGUGUAAAUUUGUAUAAAUUUAAGUCAGAUAGGUGAUGUAAUUUGUAGAAUGUGUCACGUUACACUCAUUUUCUGUGCAUCAGUUCAACCCCCAAUAAAUGUCACAGAAAUGAAUGACACAGUGAAAUCUAAGCUCACCUUGGCCAUGUACAUAUAUAUAUCACCAUAUACUGACGUUGACUUGAGGGAUCUCUACUGAGCUCUUUUGGGGGGGGUCAACUCUGCACUCCCAAGUCUAAGAUGAAAAGCUACAUGCAGCUCUUGCACAUGAAGUUCAGAGACUAAUUUUCUACUUAGUGGUAGGAAAUGUGCUGUAUCUACAGCAGUGGAAUGUCUGUUAAUUAAGUGGGACUGAUGUCAUGAACUUUCUCCAUCAUAGACAAACUGACUCCUUUCUAAUCGAAAGAAGCUGAACCAAAAACUCCCAGUGCAGAGAUGACUGGGCCUCUCAGGCCAUCAUUUGUAUCCUGAAGGCUGCUGAGGCUCAUUCCUUCAUAAUCCAGCAGGGAUUCUCUCAUGCUUACACAGUACACUGAGGCUCAAGCCACCUAAUUACAAUCUCUGAUGACUUUCAAAUGUGCUUUUAGUGCAAUUUAGAGGAGGAAAGGCAGAAGCUGCGAAUUUUGUGAGAGCUUAAAGUUACUGAAGACCUGCUUAUAAUACAUCCUCUGGUCAUAAUUAUGAAAAUACAAGAUAUGCAUGUGUACGUAUGUGUGUCUAGUAGAUGAAGACCACCAAAUGUGCUGCAAAAUGCAAUUUGUACAACCCUCUAAUGUCACCACACAUGAUCAACUUUUGUCCUUAAAGUAUUUAUAAAAAUAUAAAUUAUACAUUUUGUAAAAUAUUCUUUUUAAUUCCUCUAGUUGUCAGACACAACUUUUAAAAAUACGAUGUUAUCAGUGCGUGACUCUGGUAUUAGUUUCGUGUUACAAGUUUAAUGUUGUUUACUGAAAAUAAAAAUCCAUGAAUUAAAUAGGA